AAAGUGAAUAUCGUCUGAAGCUGCUAGCCUCUGAUUACCUGCGUGAUCUUGUUGACCAAGCCAACAUUCGAUUCGACGUCACAGUGGUUGUCAAAGAAACUAACCAAACAAUCAUCAAAGGAUACGAUUUUAAACUGAAGAAACCGAACAUUAAGAUCACGGUACCAUUAGCGGUACCCAAUGGAUCAACAUUUUAUGCCAAGGCGGAGUUCACCAACCCGUUACCAUAUAAAUUACUGAAGUGUUUCUUUAGUACCGAGGGUUCAGCCCUUGCUGGCUACAAACGAGAAAUGUUCAGAAUUAUAAAGGCUAAUGAGACCGUGGAAUAUGAAGUGAAGUUGGUGGCUAAGCAAAAAACGGGUGAGCGGGACAUCAUUAUGUCAUUCUCGUCCACUGAGUUAAUUGGAGUCACAGGAGAAGCAGACAUAAUCAUACAGUGAUCUGAUCAUGUUUUAACCGGUAACACAAGUAGCGAAGAUAUACUUCCAACCAAUACAAUUUAAAAAAAAUGUGUAUCACUGAUUUAUUAUAACGGUUUUUAUUUUAUGUAAGUUAUGUAAAUUUUUAACAGCAUAUCUCUAUAAUAUAAUGAUUUUUUUUUCUUUUUGAUUCAGGGAGGCCUUAACAAACUUUUGUUUUUUGGGGGGUUUUCGCCUCUCUUUCAAACUGAAAUAUUUAUCAAUAUCUUUAUAAGCUGUACAUGAAUGAAAAGAGAAAUAUAUGUUCCGUUAAAUUGAGUUAUGUUUGUACAAAUUAUUAAUGUAAUAAUAAUUAUGUAUUUAUAUAACGCUUAAUGCUAAC